UCAUGGGAGGAGUCGGCAGCAGAGACUGACAGGAUAUAAGUAAUCUGACAACAUCACAGAUCAUCACACUGGAAGCUCCUUUUGGACAUCAAGAAGACUCUCACACAACUGAUCUGAUCUACACAACUUCACCAGGUUGGAGAAAUGGACUCAGAUCUCAACGUUGCUGCCCUGGGUCGACCUUUCAGCCUAGGAAUGCUCUAUGAUGCUCGGAAGGAUUUACUGAUCCCAGAUUUGACAUUGUGGGAUAAUACAACUCUACAAGAGAAGAUGACUGAAAACCUUCAACCCAGUAGUCAAUUUGAAAUGACUGAAUCUGACUCCAUUAAAUCCAAGUCCUCUCUGCUGAAUGUUGAACCUUCUCUGAAGGCCAGUUUCCUCUGUGGACUGAUGCAAAUUGGAGGAUCUGCCAUGUAUCUGAAUGAUCAGAAGAAAUUCAAGAAUCAGAGCAGAGUGACGUGUUGGUUCAAAUCUACCACCCACUUCAAAACGUUGUCAAUGAUUGAGCAUCAAACCUUAGACUCCCAGCAAAUCAAAGUUAUUAGGAACAGCUCGGCAACACAUGUAGUCACGAGCAUCCUUUAUGGGGCAAACUCUUUCUUUGUGUUUGACAGUGAGAAGUUAGGCGACAGCAGCAUUCAAGACAUCAAUGGCAACAUGAAAUCUGUGAUAAGCAAGAUCCUCUCACUUAGUCUUGACGCGCAAGCUGGCAUCAAGCUGACUAAUGGAGAAAAAGACCUGACCAAUAAAUACUCCUGCAAAUUCUUCGGAGACCUCAUCCUUAAAAGCAUCCCUGGAACAUUUGAAGAGGCAAUGAAGACCUGUGGAGAUCUUCCAAGCCUACUGGGAGAAAAAGGAGAGUAUGCUGUCCCAGUGAAGGUCUGGCUGAUGCCACUGAAGAAGUUGAUUCUCGAAGCUGCUGAGCUGACGGAUGGGAUCAGCGAUGGACUGGUGGGGAAGAUGCAGGAUGCUCUUGAAGAUUUCAGCGAAAUACGAAUGAGAUGCAACGAUUCUCUGGAAGACGAAGUGGUACACAAUUUUCCAUAUAUUCAUGAAGAGUUAGAAACUUUCCAAAAAUUGUGUCACCAAUAUGCAUCUAACCUCAAGCAGACCAUGGCGAAGAAACUCCCCUCCAUCCGUGAAGGUAAAGAAGAUGAGAGCUCAUUAGAAGAAUUAUUGGAAGACAGAGACAAGUCACCAUUCACUCAAGAAAAACUAAGCAAGUGGCUGGAUGACAAAGAGAGAGAAAUCAACGUCAUCAGUUCCUGUGUAGAUACCAUGGAGAGAGUAAAGAUCGUCCGAAAUCAGACCGAGCUGGACAGAGAGGUUCUUGCUGGAGAUGUAGAUGAUGCUCUGUGCUUUGUUUUCACCUCCAUAAAGAGGGGUGAUACCUACCUUGAUGUGAUGGCCACCUACUUGGGCUCCACUAAAACAGGGGGUACUAAUGAAGACCAGUGGUUCUACUCAAGUGAAGUUUGUACCACAUUGAGAGAAAAAUCCAAAGCUUUCCAUGAGUUUGCCAGAGCACAGAAGAGCAACAAGCGGGUCAAGUUCCUAAUCACAGUCAUUCCAAAUGAGAAAUACAAAGGAGCAACCAUCUACCAUUACAAGGAGGGCAAUCUGGUCAGUGAAUCUUUUUCAAAACCAGACCUUCCUUCUGAAGAGAUCACAGACAGAAGAGAUCUGACCUGGUAUGCCUGUGAUCUCACCCUGGACCCAAACACUGCACAGAACUACCUCGUUCUGUCUGAUGGAAACAAGAAAGCAACAAGUACAUACACAUGGCAUUCUUAUUCUGGUCACCCAGACAGGUUUUCUACACUACCUCAGGUGAUGUGCAAAGAGGAGUUAUCUGGGCGUCAUUACUGGGAGGUAGAGUGGAAUCAUGAUUCAACUAAUAAUAAAUAUAUUUAUGCAGCUGUUGCAUACAAGAGAAUUGACAGAAAGGGAAGAGGUUCGAUGGAAAGUUUUGGAAAAAGUGCCACAUCGUGGGCUUUAUGGUAUUAUACAAAACAUGGACAACUGUGUGCCGUUCACAAUGAUGAGGUGAAGGAAAUUGAUUUUCCUUCUGAUGGCUGCCCAACACUUGGGGUGUAUCUGGACUGGCCUGCUGGCACUCUGUCCUUCUACAAAGUCUCCUCUGACACACUGAGCCACCUCCACACCAUUCACUUCCCAUUCACUGAGCCUGUGUACCCUUGCUUCCUGGUUCGUUAUACAAACAAUUAUGUCUACCUACGUCCAGUUCAAUAGGAGCAAUGACAAUGACUUGUUAGAUCCUUGGUCUGUUACAAGUAAAGUUUAAACAGUAAAGUAACAUCCCAUGUUAACUUGAACAUGUUUCACAAAUUCCAAAAAUGUAUUCAAAACCCAGAGAGAGCAGGAAAAUGCACAAUCUUAUAAAGUUACAACAUAUGUCAUUUUCUGUUUUUCAUUUCUUGUUGAUUCGAUGCACAGACUCAAACUGGUUUCUGCUUCACAGCUUCACAAUCAGUUUCAACUUUCUUUUCAAAUCACGUUUGAAUUAUUUUUAUUUCUAUUCGUAUUCCUGAUCAUUAUUGCUUUGUCAAAACAAAUGUGUUGACAUUUACUUUCAAAGCUCAUGUCAAAACUUGCAGAACUUGUUUUAAUGAAUUUAUUAAGUUGAUUAUGUUGUGACAUAAGGGUUAGGGUUACAGGCGUUGCUUACCUUUUUAUGCAUGUGGUUUAUCCUCUUUUAACUUUCCAUUGUCUAUGAUGAGUUAUGAUCUAUUUUUUAUUAUCGAGCUAAGAGUGUUUUAUUUUCAGAUAUCAAUAUACUCGUUACAUGUAAUCCCAUAUUGUUUAGGAACAGUUCAAUGAUGAUGAGCUUUAAUGUGUUUCUCUAUCAUUUAUAAAAAUGUAAUCAUAUGUGCUUAUAAGGUUGACUAAAUGUGAAAGCUAAUGAAAUAAGUGAACUUUGGGUUGAACUCACUCUGACCUGAUGAUUGACAGCCAGCAGAGAAGAAAGGUUUUAAACUCAGAAACUCUAACUCUUGUGAUUGUUAGGGAGACGUCCUGUUCAAUGAGAGCUAGACAGAC